CCACUUUUUUUUUUUUUUUUUUUUUUGAGGCAACUUUUUCAAAAUCUCACAGAAUUCCAUUUUUUUCUUUCUUUCUUUCUUUCACGGGCAAUUCAUUCUCUCCUCCUUCACAACAGUUUUGGUCCUUGUUAUUAGGGUUUCUUUUUUCUUUUCCUUUCUUCCAAACAGGUCCAAAAUUUUCUUUGGUCUUCACUUCAGCAAUAUCCGAAUCCAUUAAAGCUUUCGCCUUUGUCGUCCCUAUUUUGACUUCUUCAGCAACCCCCAACCGAGCCCACCUGUCGGCACUUCUACUCUCUCUCAUUAGGGUUUCCCAGCUUCACCUUUUGGUUUUUUUCUUCUUCUUUUUCUUUUGUUAUUUCUCAAGCUUUGAGCUCAAGAUAAGAUACUCUUACUCGACUCUAACUAAUUUUCGUUUCGGGUAUGUUUUGGUUUCAAAAGAAGAUUUUGUGAUAAUUCAUUUUUUUUUAAAAAAAAAUUAAAUAAAUAUUUUCCAUUUUUCCUUUAUUAUCUUUUUGGGAUUUUCUUUCUUUCUUGCUUUUCUUUCUGAAGGCUUGCAUGUGAAGCAAGUUUGAGUUGAAAUUAUGAACGUGAUCGGUCUAAUUAGAUCUCCAUUUUUGCUACUUUUUUCUCCUCUCAGAAACCCGUGAACUUGAACUUCGUUUUUUUUCUGAUAGAUCAGGGUUCUUCUAUGGCCUACAUUGUUGAUUUUACUUCACAUUGUUUCGAAUUUUAUGGACUUCUAGUCGAUGUUAAUCGAUAGCAGUGGCUUCUUCUUCUAAAACUGAAUAUUAAGAGACCCUUUCUUGGGAGUGGGUAUUCAAGCCAAAAUGGAGGAUGUAUGGUUGUUUAAGCAAGGUUGGAAAUGGCUGCAGUCACAGAAGCAUAUAUACUCUCGUGCUCGGACAUGGGCCUACCAUGGCCGAGAUAAAGUUUCGAUUAUUAUGGAGAGGCAUUGGCCGAUGGUUUGCAGUGGAUUUGCGAGGCUUGGGAGGUUUUUAUGCUUCUUGCUUCUUUACUGGAAGAACUGCGUUAUAAGGGGAUUUCAUUCGUUUGUAGGAUUAGGUUCUGCGGCAUUACUACUCAUUAUGUGGAGUUGCUUUCUCAGUUUGACCUCCAUGACUUGCUUGGUUUAUGUUCUUCUUAGUAUGGGAGCUGCUGGAGCUGCUGUGCAAUAUUUGGGCUACACUCCAGGACUUUUUAUUGUAGGACUAUUCGCUAUUCUAAUUUUGUGGAUGUAUGCUAACUUUUGGAUAACAGGGACACUAUUUAUAGUUGGAGGUUAUUUAUUCUCCCUAAAUCAUGCCCGGUUGGUGGUCUUAAUGGCAACUAUGUAUGCUCUAUAUUGUGUCAAAGUUCGUGUGGGAUGGCUUGGUGUUUUCCUCUCAAUAAAUCUUUCAAUUUUAUCAAAUGAUGCAUUGAAUUUGAUGCUCCAAUGGUGUGAUAAUUUGAGAGAAACUACACAGUCCGAAGAGCAGAAACAUUCAGAAACCAUUCUUGAAGAUGAUUUCCUUGGGGAGAGUGAAUACUCUGCCCCAACAGAAGAAGAAUCUGAGAAGCUGCAUUCCUGUAAAUCAACCAGUAAACCAGCGGCUUCAUCUGUUAUUGAUAAACUGAAAGAAACUCCUGUUAUCAAUAUAGUGAAGGAGCAAACGUGUUCAGUUGAUGAGAUGAAAAGAAUUUUAAGUAGUAUGGACCACUAUGAAGCACUGGGAUUUCCACGACACAAAAGAAUUGAUGCAUUAGUGCUUAAAAAAGAAUACCGGAAGAAGGCCAUGCUUGUGCAUCCGGAUAAAAAUAUGGGAAUGCCACUGGCUAGCGAAUCAUUUAAAAAGCUCCAGUGUGCAUAUGAGGUUCUUUCUGAUUUUACAAAGAAAAGAGACUAUGAUGAGCAGUUGAGAAAGGAAGAAUCCAGGACUCGCAGUGUCUGCCAAAACUCACAUGGUACUUCAAGUCAGGACGGUCCAGAUUAUUGCUCUGAGGAAUCAAGACGUAUACAAUGUACUAAAUGUGGAAAUUCUCAUAUAUGGGUGUGCACCAACAGGAGCAAGGCGAAGGCUAGAUGGUGCCAGGAUUGCUGUCAAUACCACCAAGCGAAGGAUGGAGAUGGAUGGGUGGAAUACAAAGGCUCUCUGGUCUUUGAUAGGCCUCAGAAGGUUGAGAUACCACGUGCCUUUGUAUGUGCUGAGAGCAAAAUCUUUGAUGUUUCAGAAUGGGCCAUUUGUCAGGGAAUGGCAUGUAGACCCAACACACAUCGGCCAAGUUUCCAUGUAAACAUGGUUGGAUUGGAGAAAACUCAAAGAUCGAACUCAAGUAGAUACCCAUGGGAUUUGGAUGCUGAAAUGAUGGAUGAAAACGAAGAAGCAUUUGAGCUAUGGCUUCAAGAGGCACUGGCUUCUGGCCUCUUUUGUGAGACAUCGAAACGCAGGAAGAGCUGGAGUCCAUUCAAGUUACCUCAAAAGAAAAGCAAGAAGCAAUGGCGAAGGACGUCAUGUUGACGAAAUUAUUAAAGAACUUGCAAGAGCCAAAGAAGACAAUUUUUUUUGUUGCCAAUCCCAAGAAAGAGGGUUAUAUCUCUGCCGGAUGAAUAGAAUCGGUGAUUGCCAGCAUCAAGAUUAAUAAGUAGAUUAAGCCAUUAAAACCUGGUAACCGCUUACAAGAGAUAAGAGGGGAAGGUUUACAUUGUUGAGAUUAAUCUUGUUGGGUACCUUUGUAUCUCUACCCGAAAAAUUAGGGUGUUUCAAGUUUAAGAGCCUAGGUUUCAAUUGCGCUGCUCACUGCAAGUUUAACAACACUCAAGUUUUCAGUGGCUGCUGGGGUGAAUAAGCUCCUCAGUAAUGUCUCUGUAUCCAACCUUGGUGAGGCAUUGUAACCUUCUUAGGAAAUCAAUGUGGAACUUAGCAUCUUUUUGUACAUAUUUUCUAUGUUAAUAAAAUAUCUUUUCCUUAUGCUGACCUAGGUCUAUUGUGUUGGUAUCGACGUGAAAUAUAUCUAGUAUACCUAAUCUUUGAAUGCGCAUUUUAAUGCUUUUAUUGCGAGAAUAAUUUGAGUUGUUUUUUUUGUCUCUCUAAUUGUUUGGAGGAAAUGUGGUAGUAAAUAAACUAUUGCCGUGAUUCAGUAGAUUUCUUUCUCCACUGCUCCAUAUGGGUGGCUAACUAACCAUGAGCAGAGUAUGUUUUGUUCUUUUAUGCUUGGAUUGGAACCCCUCACCCAACCCCAAAACUCCAAACAAAAAAGAAAUCAAAGAUGAUUUGUGAAUGAACCCACAUGUUAACCCCCAUUUCUUUUUACACCUAAACUGGUCCCAUGUUAUCCCAUAUUUUUCUAUAAUCUCUAUCUAAACACCAUUCCACCACGUUAUUAUCACGUUUUUUGAGUUACUUCAAUACUAUGUUUAGGGUUUAUGUUAAUGGUUCUCCGAGGUUUAUGAUGAAAUGGUAAGUAAGGAUCAAACUUGUUUUGAUAAAACAAGUUCUCUCUUCUUAGCAUGGUAUUUUCCUUUAGCCGUUUGAAAAAGAAAUAGAAUUGUUUUCAGAAACAAUUUGUUAAGUUAUUUGGCACUCAUAGCAUGCUCAGAAGCUUUGAAACUAAUGCGAUUAUAAUAAUGACUUGGUUUUAAACAAAUAUUUUAUAAACUUUUAGAGAUUAUAAAUUCGAACUAAGUCAUUCUAUUGUUGUAUGUGUUGUACUAGACUUAGACUGUUGAUUUGCCACUCCUCUUUCCUUCCAUGAAUUUAGAAAUGGUCUUGUGUUCGUUAGAAUGUGAAUAUAAUUUAUUGGUGACAUUAGUGCACUUAUCUCAAUCUGUUUUAGUUACAGAUUUAACCGGUUGGUGUUCAUAUAUCUAUACUUAUAUAUUUUGAGUAAUAAUAACAAAAUCAAGUAAAUUACACUCCUCAGUGGUCACCCAAUUCAGAAAACUUUGUUUCAUUAACAGUUUUUUCUUUGAAUUAAAAAGGGUUCAUCUCUCAGUUAAUGUAGAAUCAAAAGCUGAAAGGGUACGAAGUUACAAAACCAUUAACACAAUUCAUGAAGAAGCCCUAAAAACCAUGGCAUUAAUCUUCAAUUUGUAGCUCUCUAAUAACAUAGACCAUAAGAGCGAUUUCCCAUUUCACCAGAGAAAAACACAAGCAAGCAUAAAAGUUACAAAGUAGAACCCUAAUGACCAUUACCAUAAGCUUGAAGGGCAUCACCAGUGAGCCUGCAAAUCCUCCAUUCCUGCAAAAUCUUAGCUCCCAUUUCCUCGUAGAACUUAAUGGCAUUCACAUUCCAAUCGAGAACCACCCACUCCACUCUUCCGUAACCCAUUUCCACCGCCUGCUUCGCCACGGCGCUCAGCAACAUCCUUCCGAAUCCUUUCCUCCUGUAACACUCCCUAACGAACAGAUCUUCCACGUAAAACCCUGGUUUCCCCAGAAACGUCGAGUAGUUCGGGAAGAACAGAACGAAUCCAGCGAUGACGACAUCGGAACUUGAACCGGUCGAUCUGAAGGUCACUCUUUCCGGAUCAUCGAUCGGAAGAUCCAGAUUGACGACCUGGACUCUGGGUUCAUAGAGAGGAUUGUUAUUGUGAAGAAUGUCCUCAACAUAAGGCUGCGAAGAGACCUCGAGGAUGAAGAUGGUAAAGGACUGAAAUGGUGGAGAGGUGAAGAGAGUAGAGGAGAGAGAGGCCUCAGUGGCGGAGAAGAGGUGAGUGAGGCGCUCAAACACGGCCAUCUGAUGGAUCAGUUUGUGGAUAUGGGGGACGUCGGUGGGUUGGGCUAGGCGGAUACGGGCGAAUACUGGGAAGCCCAAUGGGGUGGAGCCUUCUGGAACGGUUGACGGAGGCGUCGGUACCGGCGCCGGAGGUGGCGGUGGUGCAGCUGCAGCCAUUUGGGUUUGGGAUAUUUUUUUGGUAGGGUUUUGGAUAUUUUGUAAAAGAAAGGAAAAGAGU